AUGAAUCAGCUGUUUUACAGUAUCAGUAUGUUAAACCCGAAUAAUAUUUUGUUCUUUGGCUUUAGCAUUUAUAGAAGUACCGUCUGAAUCUAACUUUGAUUUCGAAAUAUAUUUGAUUACAAUUUGUCAGAGAACGGAAGUAAGUGAAAAUGCAAAUAAAUCAAAUUAAGAGUCAAGUGUAAAAUAAAAGUUUAGAGUUAAAGCCAAUUGUGAGCGGCAGCCGUAUGGACCCUGCACUCGCCAUGGCUCUACUCCAGCUCUGAAUACCAUUGGCAUCCGGAAAUGAUGAAAACUGUGGUCUGGGGAGAAAAAGAGGGGAAAAAAACCUCUCUUGUGAAGAAAUGAGUUGCAGAGGAGUAAUGAUUGCUGGUUCCGUUUCUGGCAUCAGUGCCUGAGUGAGUUGCUUGGCAGAUGUCCCGGGUGAAAGAACCUCCAAGGCCUGAAGGGCCAGAAGAGGACAUUUUUACUGAAAACAGUCUUUUACUUCACACUGAUGACACUAAAAAACAUGAGGAGGGGAGAGAAGUUACGCAGCAGGGGGAUUUACCUUCACCAGAUAACUGGGUGAUACAUCAGGAUGCAGAGCACCCAUCAGCCCUGGUGAAUGACACUACUGGUGACCUCAUCAGAACUCAACCUCAAUCACUGCCUUGGCCAACUACUUCAGCACUGGAACAGACUGAGGGGGAAACUGGCAAAUUACAAAAUGGCCACAUGAGUCUGACUCACGUAAAUGGAAUCCACAACGGGGUUACACGUGGGAUUUCAGACCACAGAAAGCUCACUGCUCCAGUCUCUCAGAAAAUGCACAAAAAACUCCAAUCAAGCCUUUCUGUGAGUAGUAGUGGCAGCAGGAAAAGCAAAUUAAGUUCUACAAACUCUCAGAAACCAAUUUCCACACCAGAAGAUGGCUGUGUACAUUGCAUUCUCACCUGCCUAUUCUGUGAGUUCGUCACCUUCUGCAACAUUAUCUUGGGACAAGCUUCCUGUGGUAUCUGUACAUCUGAAAACUGUUGUUGCUGUUGUGGAGCAGAUGACCUUGGGGAUGAUUGUAACUGCCCUUGUGACAUGGAUUGUGGGAUUAUGGAUGCCUGCUGCGAGUCCUCGGACUGCUUGGAAAUCUGUAUGGAAUGUUGUGGGAUUUGUUUUCCUUCAUGAUCAUCUGGAGCAGCGUGACUUUUAAAAGCAAGCUGAAUAAACUGGAGGUAAUAUUCAUACUGUUGCCAAGACGGGAGAUGUCAAAAUACCCUGGUCAUGUUCAACAUUAUGAAGACGAAACAGUUGCACUCUUACUUCUAUAUAGACAUAAAAUAAUUUGUGUGGAAUCUUAUUACAUCUCUGUACUAAUAAGGACCAUAAACUUGGCAAUUUUGUUCUAAAAAUGUGCAGUUAAAGUUUGCAAAUGUUGCUUUGUUAUUAGGCAAAGCUGUUGCCAUGGAACAUUGCAUAUGUACAUAUUAAUUAAUCUACAAUUUCAAAAACUAAAGCUGUUCCUUCUAAACUUUUGAAAUGCAUUUUAAUGUGUGUCAUUUAUGAUAAAGUUUUUUUUAAAAAGAUGUGUUAUAUAGUUAGAUUUACGAUCCAGGUUCACAACUUUAUGUUCAUUUUUCUUGAUGCUUUUGGUUCAAGUUAAAGGAAUCUGUUUGUUUGCCAAUUCCAUUAAAUACCACAUUAAAUUAUUAAAUAUACAUUUUACUGUAAACUACUGUUAAGAACAUUCUUUAAGUGUCUGUUUUAAAAGCAAAUUAAGAAUUUAAUUGUGUAAAGGCUUUUUGAUAAACCCUAAAAAUAAUGAUUUGUUUUUUAAAAAACAAAUAUUCAUCUCUGCAUAAUUUCCUGAAGUUACAUUUUAAUUGAAAAGCAGAUUAAGUGUACCUGCGUGGGGAAAGUGGGAAGGAUUUUCAAUACUCUCAUUUCAUUAAUUUAAGAUUUUGUUGUUUGAUUUUUUUUCUGGAAACUUUAAGUUGGUAAAGCAAUGUAGUAUGUAGCAGGAUGGAAACAUUUGCUUGCAUUUCAAAAAAAGAUUUUUUUUUCUUUUAAUUUGUAUGUAGCUUUAUUUUGUGAGAUAAACCAAAGGAAGCCAGGUACAUAUAUUUUUAUGCCUUUCUGUAUUUUUUUUUAAAGACUAGAGCAUUAUCUUAAGCCAUGUACUAAAACAACCAACGUCAAAAUAAAGUAAUUAGACUUGA